UCUCUUCGCCAUUAGUCUGCUAUACAGAGUUUAGCAGAGAUGUACAUGCAACAAUUGUCUUGUGUAGAGAGAGAAAGACUGCAUGCUCUCUCUAUAUACUACAUUCACAGAAGCACAUGUAUUGAUUUUGGGAAAUUUGUGAUUCCUGAAAAUGGGUGUGGAGGUAAGGAGCAAGUAUGUCAUCAUCGUCGGACAGAGAUCUGUUGUUUAUAUUACUUCAGUUCCUAGAGGAAGAAGGAUUCAAAGAAUCUGCUCGCAAGUUGGAAGAAGAGUCUAGGAUUUUCUUCAAUAUGCUACAUUUUGAGGAAUUGGUCAAGAAAGGAGAAUGGGAUGAAGUGGAGAAGUAUCUACUGGGCUUCACAAGUCUUGAUGAAAACAGAUUUUCAAAGGAAGUCUUCUUUCAAAUCCGAAAGCAAAAGUACCUUGAAGCGAUUGACAGGAAGGAUAUCAAGAAGGCUAUAAAUAUUCUGAAUUCGGAAUUGAAAGUGUUUGCAAGAGAGGAUAAUGACCUUUAUAAAGAAAUGGCAAUGCUUUUGACUCUCGAGAACAUUAGGGAACCUGAGUCUGAGAGAAAUAAUAUGAUUGAUAAGCUGAAGAAUGCUAUUGAAUCAAACCCAGCAUUUCAUGAUGCACUUAACUCUCCUGCAGUGGAGGCCUCAAGAUUGAGGACCUUAAUAAAUCAGAGUUUGAAUUGGCAGCACCAUCAUUGUCAGAAACCAAAUCCUAAACCUGAAAUAAUGACAUUGUUGGUUGAUCACCGUUGUGAGGAGUCACAACUAAAUGGUGGACAGUUCCUUCCUCCAGUUACCAAUCAGCUAACCGUAGAUGCCCCUAUGCCAGGUGGUUUUCCACCUUUACAAGCUGAUGGUGUUAACAAUAUGCCUGUCAAUAUUUUGCAUGUUGGCUAUGGCAAUCAAAGUCAAGGUCAAAGCUCAGGCUCAUCUGAUGAUAUUCCAAUGACAGUAGUUAUGACUCUGAAUCAGGGAUCAGCAAUAAGGAGUAUGGAUUUUCAUCCCGUGCAACAUAGUUUACUUCUUGUUGGGACGAGCAUAGGAGAGAUUAUAAUUUGGGAACUACGAACUAGGACAAGGCUUGCUAAAAGAAGUUUCGAGAUUUGGGAUCAUAGGGCAUGCACACUGGGGCUGCAGUCUGCAUUGAGGAAUGACCCGCCCGCGUCAGUUAAUCGUGUCUUGUGGAGUCCUCGCGGUUCUGUGUUUGUUGUUGCAUACUCCAAGGGACUUGUGCAUGUCUACACCUAUUAUGGAAAUUUAAGAAAACAUGUAGAGAUUGAAGCUCAUGAAGGAAGUGUGAAUGAUAUUGCAUUUAAAAAUCUGAACUAUCGGCUUUUUAUAAUUACUUGUGGGGAGGACAAGCUUAUUAAGAUGUGGGAUGCGUCAACAGGCACUAAGAAGUAUACCUUUGAGGGUCACGAGUCAUCCGUUUGUUCUGUAUGCCCACAUCAGAUUGGAAAUAUUCAGUUUUUCUUCUCGGUGGCAACUGAUGGUAAAAUAAAGGUAUGGCCAUAUUUUGAUAGGAUUUGUGCUGUUGAUUAUCCUGCACAAGGGACCACUAUGCUUUGCAGUUCCAAUGGGAAAAGAUUGUUCUCCUGUGGCACUGACAUGGAAGGGGUAUCGUACCUUAGGGAAUUGAAUGACAAUACAGUUACAAUUAAGCGGGAAUAUAUUGGUCUUGGAGGGCAGACCACGGAGGCUGUGAAAUUUGAUACUACUAAGAAUAGAUUCAUAGCAGCCGGUGAUGAUUUCACUGUCAAAUUUUGGGAUAUGGAUGAUGAGAACUUGUUUACAACUACUGAUGCAGGGGGUGCACUUCCGUGUCGGCCUUGUCUACGGUUCAAUAAAGAAGGAAAUUUAUUAGCUGUUUCAACAAGUGAGAAUGGCAUCAAAAUUUUGGCAAAUGCAGAUGGUUUCAGGCUUUUACGAGCCUAGGGGAGUCAUCCGUUUACUGCCCCAAUAGUUCCCUCGGCUGCUUUUAUGAAGUAUUUGGUAAGUGGAAGUUCUGGCAGUCAUAACACAGCUGCUGGAUUAGAUGUUGCAGAUCAACUGGCAUCCAUUGUUGCAAAAGUUAAUCUCAAGAAAGAUUGUCAUCAAAAUGUAGAAUUGCCAAAGUCAAAAUUUAUCAGAGGUGACACCCAAAAUUGAACCAGUGAAUCCAACUAGUCAUAGUUGGGCCGUUUAAACUUUAAAUCUGAAGGUGAAUGGGGAACAGUCCCACCAACUUACAUGGCGCUGCCCUUCCCUACCAACCUUAGAAAGAUUGUCAUUAAAAUGUAGAAUAAGUAACUCUUUUUUUUUUUUUAAUACUCUUGUUAGAAACUGUCAAUUUUUGGAUAGUCAAUGAAUAUGAAUUGUAUUGCCA